UUUAAUGCGUUCCUUACAUCCAAACGUACCACUGUUUCAGCCUUGCAGACCGAGUCCAAAUCUCGCGGCCAAAUAAACGAGCUGCUCGCUUCGCUCUCGCCGUCCCAAGCGCCACAGACGAGAGCCCAGGCGAAAGCUCAAAAAGUCAAUGGCCCACAGAAGCUGCCUGACGUACCAGAGCUCCAGGACACCCCUAUUUCAGAGCUCACUGUCGAGAGUAUGGAGGAAGACCAGAUAUGGGCUCAGUUAGAGCUCCGUGCCCAAAACCUUACAGAUGUUUUGGAGGCUGCCCUGGAGGGAACGGGCGAAGUCCCGGAGAGCGACGAGGAGUCUUACGCCGGCUCUAUGGUGCGCACGACGCGGGGUAUCAACAUGGGCAUGGGAGGCGGGGAUGGUAUGGACAUAGAUGCGGACAUGGAUGAUAUGGAUUUUGAGGACGCGGAAGGUAGCGACAAUAUGAGCAGUCAAGACGACGAUGACGACAGCGAGGAAACGGACGACGAAGAAGAGGAAGAGGAGAAUGAAGAAGAUGAGGGAGAGGAAGAGUACGGUGAAGACGUCGCAGAGCUUCAUGACCCUUCGGACGGCGAAGGAGACAUUGAGCUCGAUGCCUCGUCACUCAAGGGGAGCAGAGCUCGCGGCAAAGGCAAAGGGAAGGGACACUCAGAACUUGACGACGGCUUCUUCAAUCUUGCCGCUUUCAAUGCCGAGACUGAAGAAGCGGAAGCACGAGCAUCGUCGGGGGGAAAGCUUGGCAGGGAUGACAGCGACGACGAGGAUGCUGACUUUGACGAGGUCGACCUGUUUGCCUCUGUUGAUGAUUUGGAGCAGGAAGAUGACGACCAAGAACCGUUAUAUAACGAUUUUUUCGCACCGCCUUCAAAGGUCGCGAUAAACGGCAAGGCUCCUGCUACCUCCAAGGCAGAAGGUAAAGCCAAGAAAGUCGGCGUCCGCUUCCAUAACGAGGUUCGUGUCAAGAGCAUCAAGGCGAAGGGCAAGAACAUGUCGCUUUCGCAGAUGUACGAGUUUGGUGAAGACGACCCUGAAGAUGAGGAAGGGAUGUCGGAGGGUGAGGACGACAGCGAAGACGAGGACGAGGACGAAGGCGAUGAUUACGAGGAAGGUAUCGGAUACGACUACGAGGGGGAGAAUCAAGAAUACGGAGAGGAGGACGAGGACAUCGAGAUGGCCUCUCAGUCUGAGGACGAAGACGACGCCACACGCGAGACAAUCGCGCGACUGAAAGACGAUCUGUUCGCGGAUGAGGAGGACGAGGAGGAAGACAGAGGCUUGUCUACCUACGAGAAGCGCAUGUCCGCCAUUCGUGAGGAGAUCAUUGCGCUCGAGACCGAGAAUGUCGCGCAAAAGCACUGGACUCUCAUGGGCGAGGCGACGACGCGGAGUCGACCACAGAACGCGCUGCUCGAGGAAGACCUCGAGUUCGAGCGCGUCAUGAAGUCAGUGCCCGUGAUCACGGAAGAGACGGUCCAGGGCCUCGAGGAGCGCAUCAAGCUGCGGAUCACGGCAAACCAGUUCGACGACGUCGUACGCAAACGCCCCGUCGACGACAAGCCAUUCCUACCGUCGCGCUUCUUCGAGCUGCAGGACACGAAGUCGAAGCAGUCGCUCGCAGAGAUCUACGAGGAUGAGUAUACAGCGGCGAAGACGGGUGGUGUCACCGGAGAGGAUCGCGACGGCAAGCUUAAGAAGGAGCACGACGAGAUCGAGAAAUUGUGGGAGCAGAUGUGCUCGAAGCUCGACGCACUCUGCAAUGCUCAUUUCACCCCCAAGGCGCCUAAGGCAAUAAUUUCUACCGUUGCCAACGUCUCGACUGCCACCAUAGAGUCUGCCCUCCCGACAACACAAGCUGCGACGACGAUGCUUGCGCCCGAGGAAGUGUUCGCACCUCAGCAGGCGCAGCUCAAGGCGAAGAGUGAGCUCACACCUGGGGAGAAGAACGUACUGCGUAAGAAGCAUAAGAAGGCGAACAAGAAAGCUCGGGUGACGCUCGAGCAGACUGCGCGGGUGUACUCGAAGGUGAAGGGUGUUGGCGACGUCAAGAAGCAGAAGGAUACAGCGCUGAAGAGUCUGGUGAAGAGCGGCAAGGGCGUGACCGUUAUCGGAAAGAAGAGCAAGGAGAGCACUUCAAAAACAAAAACAUAGCGCUGCGCUCUUGCGUGUGUCUAGCUUUCUUUCAUUACAUAUCUCAUUUCUGCCUGCCUGGCAGAUAAUACAUUCCUGUUUGCUCUGCGACUGAGCCAUGGAGUCUUCCAAUUAUAUACUAUGCAUGAAGACACGAUUGAAACCGUCCAAAAACCGUCCGAGUCUUGCGUCCCGUGACCCAACUGAAAGCAUAUAUCCUCUGGAGAUCUACUUGAUCCUGUUGAGCUGUGAAGGAGGGAAAUCAAAAAGUUGUUAACUCUAGUGAAAACACGCUUUCUCACCUUCUGCGUGUUCCUGUACAGUCUAUUGUCGAGCCCGUCUGUCUUCUCGGUAAUGCGGCCGAUACGCUCGUUCUGUUUAUCAAGCUCUUCGCCCAUAGCGGUACCCAGAGCCUUCAGCCGCUUCGUCAUGUCGGAAAUUUCUCCCAAGUUAUCAUCAAGCUCAUCCUCGAGCUCAUCGUCAGACGCAGUCGCAUCGAACUGGUAGCGCUUGCGCUGCUCUUUACGAACUGCCUGCUGCGCACCGGUCAACGCGCGACGACCAUCGAUGCCUUCCCCGUCGUCGUCGCCACGACCGUAACCAGCGGCACGGCCAAGGCGGUUCUGUGUCUCGCGGAUGUCCAUCAUCGCCUUCUCGCGCUCCUCGCGAUCCUCAUCGUAGCGCUGCUGGACUUUGGCCUCUGCUGCUGCGCGCUUCGCAUCCUUGUUGAAGGUGAUGACAGGCCGAAAGAUGGAACGAUUGAGCUGCUUCAACUCAUCCGUCUUGUCUUCCGCCCGCAUCGAGUGUCCUUUGGAAACGUCAAGGUGCCGCUCAGUGCUUGCGAGUUUCUCUGAACAAUAAAAACGCUGAUCAGCAGUCCGGGGGCGGUGCAUAGGCUGGGUGCGUACCCGACUGGUCUCCAAGCUUGCCAAGAGUGUUCCUUGCCGUCUCUUCCGCCUCGCGGGCCAGCCGCAAGGCGUUCCUAGUCGAGUUUACGCUCUCCUGCUUCGUAAAGCGUAGCUGCUGCUUGAUGCCUUCGACGUCCUCCUCGUUCUCCUCGCCCUCGGCAGGCUCUUCGCCGCCCCCGCGCGCACUAGGGCCGUCGCUGAAGAAACGUCCCGAGCCUGCUUUCUCGGGGUUGUAUCCCGCGAAGAGCUCUCCGCGAUCUUGGUUAAUGUCCUUCUCGCCGCGCGAGUAGACGUCGCCGAUGGCGUUCUGUCGGGUGUAGCGACCCUCGUAGGAUGGCUGUGGGGGAGGCGUAGAAGAAAAUUUGGCGAGGUCGCCAUCGCGACUCGCGACGUACGUGCUGGAGUUCGAGCGGUAUGAGGACGUGGGGGAGACACCAGCUCCCGGUGAUGGGCCUCGUGUGGAAAUGGGAUCAGGGACUGGGGGUAUCAGAUUCUUCUCCUUGCGCUUGAAGAAAGACAUGUUAGUGUAUCACGGGGUAGGAAGUGGGGGAACAACGAGGGUGAGACAAGGUGAGAGCGAAGGAAGACUUAGGAAAUGGUUGCAAGUUGCAACAGGCUG